AUGAGAAGCAAGAUCAUUGGUUUCCAAAAAGGCCCCAUAGAGCCAUAUCAUGAGGCCUUAGAGCGUUUCAAGGAAUACACAAGAGAUUUCCCACAACAUGGUUUCUCGGAUGUUAACCUAUGGAACACCUUGUAUGAGGGUAUAAGCCGCAAAUACAAGCUAUGUAUUGACAUAGCUAGCAACGGGAACUUCAUGAGAAAGUUCAUUAAGGAGGCCAAUACAUUGAUAGAUAACCUCGCCACUAUUGAUAGCAAGAACCAGCCGAGCUACGCCGAGACCAUCAAGGAAAUCAAUACAAGACCGGAGCCGACCGAGUUGGAAGAGCUUAAGUCCAUGGUUGCUAAACUUUUGGAGAGACAUCCAUGGAAUUACCCUGACCAUCAAGCCUUUCAUGAAGACUUGGAGCCCCGGUUUCAUAGGAGAGAUGUGAACUACAUAAGCAAGCAGGAGUUCCCACACCAACCGAGAUAUCAACCGAGCUUCAAGAAGGAUCAUAAGGAGAUUUUGUAG